AUGACGCCGCUAAACGCAGACGCCGCGCACGCCCUGCUCCGCGAUGCCCUACACGACCGCAUCGUCGGCGCCGUCGUCGGCUCAGCGCUUGGCGAUGCAAUUGGACUCUAUACUGAAUUCUUGUCGGCCGCCAAAGCCGCCGAAGCGUAUCCAUCGGGAACCUUUACCCUGGCCGCGCCCGCGCCUACGCCGUUCAAGCUCGACACGCACCGCGCGGCAAAGGAACCGGGCCACUGGACCGACGAUACCGACCACGCGCUGCUCCUGCUGCUGUCGUUUCUGCACACAGCCAAGACGGCGCCGCCCUCUGCUUCCUCUUCGUUCGUCUCGUCUCCCGACGCCCACACCCCGCCGCCGCUCCCGACCACGCUCGACUUCGCCGCCCGGCUGCGCGUGUGGGUAUCGCAGGGCCUGCGCGCACUAGACACAAUGCCGCUGGGGCUGGGCCGCCUCGUCAGCACCGUGGUGGCGUCCAAGGGGUUCGACAAGGAGCCGGCGCGUGUCGCGCGGGAGUACUGGGUGCGCACGGGCAGGCGCAUCGCGCCCAACGGCAGCAUCAUGCGCACGCAUCCGCUGGGCCUGAUGUGUGUGACGGGCCGGAGCGAGGGCGAGGCGUGCGCCCUGGCUGCUGAAAUGUCGCGCGCAACGCACGCCGACCCACGCUGCGUUGUGGCGUGCGUGUUGGCUACAGCGCUCGUGCGCGCCGUUGUCCGCGGCGAGGUGCGGUCCGAGGCCGAGCUGGAUGCCUGUCUUUCCCGCGGGACGGACUGGUUCUUGGGGCAGCCUACGGAGGAGCUCGAUCUCGCCGAGCUGCAACGGCACAUCAGCGCUGCCGCCACCCUCGACAGCCUGCAGCUUGAUGACCCGCCCGCAAUUGGGUACGUGUACAAGACGCUUGGGUCCGGCGUGGUGCUACUGCGACUGGCGAUUCGACAGAACGCCGCAAGCCAGGACGCGCUGCAGAGUCGUGUCAAGAUGUUCGAGGCCCUCGUCACCGACUUGAUCAUGCGCGGUGGCGACGCCGACACCAACGCCUGCUUUGCCGGCGCGCUGCUUGGAGCCUACCUCGGAUACAAGGCAUUGCCUGAUCACUGGAAGCACGGCCUCUUGCAUGGCGACUGGUUGCUCGGCAAGGCCGAGGCACUGUCCCAGGUGCUUGGUCUGAAAGACGGCCAGUACGACGGGCAGCAAGACAAAGAUACCCAUCAUGAGAUGGAAGGACGGUGGAUGGUUCUUCAGCAAACUGCGUUCAAGAAGGUCGAGGACGCAUCCAAGGCGGCUAGCACCAACGUCUCGAAAGCCGGGGCCCCCGAAAAGCCAGCCGGCACGGCUUGGCCGAACCUGACAAGGGCAUAA